AACAGCUAGCUAAAAUAAUCAUGGGAUUCGUCGCCGUGGUCGAUAUGGUUUCCGGGCUCAACAGCCCAAUGGCGAGAUUGGUCCGGAUCGAAGUCCUGGUGCUGCUGGGCGUUGCAGCGCUGUUUGUGCUCCUCAUCCUCGGCUCCUACCGGCGGCAGUCGAGCCGCAAUGCCGUCAGGGUGAGCAUCUGGGUGGCGUACGCUGCUUCCAUCCCCAUGGUGAGCUACACCCUGGGGCUGAUGCAGUCGUCCCCUUACAAGAACAGCCUCUUCUCCGUCUGGGCCAUCAUCCUCUUCAUCUUCCUCGGCAGCGCCGACUCCCUGUCCGCCUAUAGGCUACAGGACAACGACAACUGGAAGAGAUUCUACUUCGAACAGCUCAUCCACUCUUUCUGGGUGGGUUGGUUGAUGGUCUCCUCCGGUGCCGGCUCGGAUUUCCGCUACGUUCUUUGGCCCAUAUACGUCAUCGUCGUAUUGAAAUCCGGCACGCGGAUCCUGUCAUUCAAGCUAGCCAGUAGACGAUCCAUGCUCUCCGAGAGCACCAAAUGGGUGGCCGACUACAUGACCUACGAGCGCGAGCUGUCCACCGCCGGCGAGUGGGACCCCGUCACCAUGCGUGGCUACCGCUACGUCGUUGCCGGAGAGGAGAAGCAGAGGCGCAAGGUGGAAGCCCCCGAGUAUGUGUCCAAGCUUGACGGCGAUGAUCGUGCCAAGGCCAAGCUAGUCACCGUUGAACAGAUCUGGCGAUGCAACGGGAGCUUGCUCUGCGGCGACGGCGACCGCGCCGGUCAGCUCAAGGACGUCUGCCUCUCCAUGGCCCUGUCAAAGAUGCUCAACCGUAGGUUCGCCGGAUUUCACAAGCUCGUCGAAUCCGAGCUAGACAAGACCCACGACUUCCUCUUCCGUGGCCUGCUCCAUGGCCAAAAGUACGUCGAACGAGCCUUCAGGGUCAUCGAGGUUGAGUUAGCCUUCGUGCAUGACUACUUCUACACAAAGUACUUCGUUAUCUACAUGUAUCGCCAUGACGACACUGUCCUGUCUUGUGCCAUGAUCCCCUUCUGCGGCUGGCUUGCCUACAUGCUGUUCCAGCGUGUCCACGUUCCCAAUGAUGAACUCAAGCUCAUCGAUGAUCACAACAACAACUUCGACGCCCUCAUCACUGCUGUGCUGAUAAUCGGAGUCGCACUGGUUGAGGGUUUACAGGUGUACAUAUACCUGGCUUCUGCAUGGUGCAAGGUAGCCCUGAUUUCAAAAUACGUUGCUAGAGAAUCAUGGAGCAGUCGCCAAUGGGUUGCCAACUUGAUUGGGUGCAUCACGAGCUUCAAGUCCUUCCGGAGCUGGGAAGAUAAGCUUGGUCAGUACACACUGCUAAAAAAUGUCGACUACAUACCAAUAAACUUUAUGUACUAUGCCACCAUGUUCUUGGUCGAUAGGACGAAAAAAGGACGCAAGGAAGAUAAGCGUGUCAGGUUGUCCAUGAAGGUAAAGAAAGCCGUCAUAGACACACUGAGGAGUAGCAACGGCCAAUUGACGAACGGGGUCAAAUCUUUAAAAGCUAAUGGGAUAGAGGUAUUCCGGAAGCUCUCAUGGUCAUGCACCACUGUUCGAACAACAACACACACCAUAAUAGCUUGGCACAUCGCCACUACUCUUUGUGAGGUGGAAGACGAAGAGCGACACCGAAUGGACAGUACUACUACUAAUUAUAAGGACGUAGCUUGUAGCUUGUCAAGGUACUGUGCCUACCUAGUAGCCUUUGCUCCGGAAUUGUUACCGGAUCAUAGCUUCGUCUCCCAAACCAUAUUUGAUGCCCUGGUUGACGAGGCCACCCAGGAAUUACUGAAUUUGAAGACACUUGAGCAGCGCUGCGAAAAGCUAAAGGAGAUCGGGAAGGUUUCAGACAUGGAGCAAAAUGGUGGCGACAAUCGCCUCAUCGUGCUGGGCGCUCGGCUGGGAUGCCAGUUGCUGGAGAUAGAAAAUCCGUCGCGGAGAUGGAAGGUGCUGAGUGAUUUCUGGGCAGAGAUGGUGCUGUACCUCGCACCAUCGGAUGAUGCUAGGGAGCGCCUUGAAACUUUGACAAGGGGAGGAGAAUUCAUCACACAUCUUUGGGCUUUGCUUACUCACGGUGGCAUCCUGGAGCGAUCCACCACCGGUGCAGGGCAGUGUCAAAACGUUUAAGCACUAGGAACAUUGUUGUGUAGAAGUAGAAGCAGAGCGCUAGAGGACAUCAAACUUAUUUGUACUACAAGUGGAUUCGCGAAAUCACGCGCGACAACCCACUUGCACCCUUAAGCAGGAUCAAAUCAAUUUGUUAUGCAUUUUGAUUUUUUUUACCCCUUUCUUCAGUCAAUUAGUUGCUUACU